AUGGAGAAUCCAGUCGCCGAAAUCCCUGUAGUCAUUCGACUGCUCACGCAAGCUCCUCCCUCCCUCCAAGAAAAGACAGUCAACCGCUACUUCACGUCGUCGGCCGCAUUCGUCCACCCUUUCUGUCAAGUAUGGAGCUACAAGGACAGCCGCUGGGCCAUUAAGAAGAUCUACCAAUGGUACAAGGUCAUGUCGCCGCGGAUAGAAUUGGAGGUGCAUUCUGUCGCAUACGAUGAAGCCAACCUAAAACUCUACGUUCAGAUGUCCCAGAUCUUCACCAUCUGGGUCGUUCCCUUCCAUGUUGCUCCUGUGACUUUGACGACGGUGCUAGACCUCACGACGGACUCGGGCGAUCGGAAUCUGACGAACGGCGAGAAAACGCUCUACUAUAUUCAGAAGCAGGAGGAUCUCUACCAGCCGACGCAAUUCGUCAAGUUCCUGUUCCCACAUGUCGGUCAUUGGGAUCCACCAGGAAUGGGAUGCAUAAUGCAUUGGUCUCGAACAACGGCGACCGUGCCCGGGCUGCGCGGGGCCGAACGGCCUGACCACGAGAAAUUUCCGACUGUCGGAAGCUUGGUAGUUUGUGAGACCAGCAUUAGAAUUCAUACAUAUCCCUGGAAACAUCCCCGAGGGCGAUUAUCACAUGUGUCUUCCAUCAUCGGUCCACAACGACGUCAUCGGCAGCCACAUGGCAAGCCGGAUAUCCUUUCUCGCUUCAUAAAGUCGCUCUCGCCCGGUCUGGACUACGUGAGACGAAAUUCCCUUCUCAUCUUCCCCCUCUUCUCCCCCGUCCACCCAUAUACAUCGCUACCCCUCAUUGCCGUGUUCCGCCAUUCACCUCUGCCCAUCUCAUCCCCAUCCAUGGCAGAACCUCGAGGCCAGUCCACCCUGGUGGACUUCAUCAAACAUCCCAUCGUAAAUAGUUUUACCUUUCUCUAUCUGAUCUUUCAGGCCAUCAUCAACUACAUUUUUGCUCCUGCCCCGCCCCCGUCGUCGUCGGUCACCAAUGGCCUCCCUAAAAAGAGGGUCGCGAUCAUCGGAACUGGCUUGACUGGUGUUUCGUCGGCCGCUCAUUGUGUCGGUCAUGGCUUUGAAGUGCAAUUGUUCGAGCAGAGAUCGAAGGAAGAGGGUUUGGGAGGAAUCUGGAGUCGCGUCAAUUCCACAUCUUCACUCCAAAUCCACAGCCUUAUGUAUCGCUUCCACCCGUCCGUCAGAUAUGACACUGCCUACCCCACGCAGCAGGAAAUCAAGGACCAGAUUGUUGAGGUGUGGAAACGCUACGGUCUCCAAAAGCACACCGUUUUCAACACCCCCGUCACGUCCGUCAAGCAAGCUAAGAACGGCAAAUGGAUCAUCAACAACGACGACAAAUACGGUCGGUUUGACGGAGUCCUGACUGCAGUGGGAGUAUGUGGAGAUCCUAAGCAGCCCCCGUUGCCGGAGCAGGAGAAGUUUAAGGGCAGCAUCUUCCACUCGUCCAAGCUUGAUGGCAAGGAUGUCGAAGGCAAGAGAGUGCUCAUCGUCGGAGGUGGCGCCAGUGCCAUCGAAGCGCUCGAGUUUGCGGUCAAGUCAAAGGCUGCCGAGAUCGACGUGUUGUCUCGGUCGGAUAAAUGGAUCAUUCCUCGCAAUGUUUUGGUACAAUCUCUCCUGGCUAUGAACAUCUUUGGGCAGGAGACCGCGCUGUCGUGGAUUCCUGAAUGGCUUCUGCAUAAAUUCUUCUAUCGCGACCUGCAGGAUAUCGCACCGUCCGACGGCCUGUUUACUACGACCCCCAUGGCAAACGAUGAACUCUUCGAUCAGAUCAGAGAAGGUAAAGCUCGCUGGCUGCGCGGUGAUAUCCUUUCCGUGAAAGAAGAUGGCAUCCUCUUCAACAGCCGAUCCAAGGGCGUGCCGAAAGGCGGCCCUGGACACGAGGAGGUGGUCCCCGGCGAUGUUAUCAUUAUGGCUACCGGAUUCAAGCGCCCGUCGCUUUCAUUCCUGCCCAACGAGGUGUUUGAAGAGCCCUAUGGCCCUCCCAGCUGGUAUCUCCAGGUCUUCCCGCCCAAGUACACCAGCAUCUGCGCCAACAACAGUACCUACGUCAACGCCAUCGGAACCGUCGGCAACAUGCACAUCGGCAUCUACACUCGCUUCCUGCUCAUGUUUUUGACCGAUCCGCUGACUCGCCCUACCGAGGGCCGCAUGAAAACCUGGAUCGACUUCACGCGCUUCAUGAAGAAACUGUCUCCAACCGGUGCCUUUGACUUCUUCACCUACUCCGAACUCAUUUGGUGGUUUGUCUUCUGUAUCGUGGUCAACCCCUUCCGGUGGAAGUGGGCGCCUUUCGUUCUGUUCGGUGUCGGACGAACCCUUCCCCUGGAGGUGGUCAAGCACGAAGAGGCUUUCCGGAAGGAAUUGCUCAAGCAGCACCAAUAG